AUGAAGAGGGAAGUUUCUGCCCUCAAAAAGGAGAACAGAGCUAUUCUGACAAAGAUGAAGAAGCUGGAAGAUCAGGCCGAGGCUGCCACUAAGGCCCAACAGAUGGUCGAAGAAAAAGUGGAGUCUGCUGAAGCCAUCAAAAAAGUUGCCGAGGCCGAGAAGAAAGAUGCCGAGGUAAAAAAGGCUCAAGCGGAAAAAGAGCUCGAGGAGGCCCUGGCCACUAAAAACGCCGAAAUUACUGAAGCCGAUGAAAAAGCUUACGCCCAAGGAAUGGCCGAUGUUGCUGAGGACUACAAACUGCAACUUAAUGUUCCUGAAGAUUCUCCUUUGCGCAAGGCUGAAGCUAUUCCUCUCCCAUUCCCUCCUCCUGCUCCAUCUUCAAGUCAAGCUGAAGAUGAGUCAGAUUCUGAGGCUGAGGAUGAAGAUAACAAUGAAGAUGAGGCCUUGGGUGAUGAGGUUGAGGAGGCGCCUAGGGAAGUUGUUACAGGGAUAUUAUCAUCUGACCUCCUUUUAGCUGAAAGGAGUCUUGACAAAACGCUUGCAGAGAUUGAUGCCGAGCUUGAGGCAGAAAAGAUUGCCGAGGAGGUUCCACCAGAAUCUUCCAAGGUCCCAGCGCCUCCAGCUAUUAAUGCUGAAGAAUCCUGA